UCCCACGAUUCCACGAAGCCACCACCAAUAUUUCCGGUCGUCCGAUCCCCCCUACCCCUCUCCGCUGAUCAGUCGCUCGCUCGCUCGCUGGCUGACUGCGCCCGCGCCCGCUUUGCUGCGCUCCCCCGGCACGCGACGACGAAAAGACCGGCCUCAAAAGCGACACCACGCAGCAGACGCAGCGCCCCCGCGCGGAGAAGCUAGCUAGGUACUCCUGUCUGGUUAGCUAGCUAGCUAUAGCUAGAAGCCUAGCACAUGAACCCGGCGCCGUCGAGGGCGCCGCAGCGGCAGCAGCGCGGAGGGGAGAUGUCGGCGCGCUACGGCGGCGGGCUGCAGUUCUUCGCUGACGCCCCGCCGGCGGGGGUGGAGGGGGGCGCCGCGACCGCGCGGACGUUCUUCCCGGUGCCGGGCGGGGGAGGGGAGCAGCAGCCGCCGGAGCGCGCGAUGAGGCAGCAGCACUACGGCGGCGGCGGGAGUGGUGCGGCCGAGAUCUCGCUGGGGCACGGCCACGGCCACGGCGGCAAGCACCAUUUCCAUCAGUUCGGCGUCGAGGCGAAGGACGGUGGCGGCGGCGGCGACCAGUCGGGGUUUCUGACGCGGCACAACAGCUCGCCUCCCGGGUUCUUCUCGAGCCCCGUCAUGGACAACGGUUUCUCAUCGAGUGCUAGACCAGCAGGAUCAUCACUCGGUGAGGUUCGCCAUGGCGCCAUGAGCAGCAGCAGCAACAACAACAAGAAGAUGAAGGCCCCACUGAGCUUCGCUAGCAGCAGGCAGGGCUCCGGCGGCCUCUCCCAGAUAUCCGAGGACGGCAUCCCGGACCUCACUGACAGCAUCCAUGGCGCCGCUCAUCAUCAUGGGCGCUCCGAGGAGAACGUCUCCACCCACGACCACGUCGUCCGCUCCUUCUCCUCCGGUGGGUUCUCGAUCGGGUCAUGGGAGGACUCCAACUCCAUCGUGUUCUCCACGUCGACGGGCAAAUCAGGAGCGCACGGCAACGACGACAUCAUCGCCACCCUUAGCAACUACGAAUCUCAGCUUGUUGCGCCCAGGGAGAUGGCUGGCGUAGAGAAAUACCUGCAGAUGCAGCACGACCAGGUGCCAUUCAGAGUACGGGCCAAGCGUGGAUGCGCGACGCACCCACGGAGCAUCGCAGAGAGGGAGAGAAGAACGAGGAUCAGCGAGAAGCUCAGGAAGUUGCAGGCCCUGGUGCCCAACAUGGACAAGCAAACGAGUACUUCAGACAUGCUGGACUUAGCAGUUGAUCACAUCAAGGGACUGCAGAGCCAGCUGCAGACUCUGAAGGAAGACAAGGAGAAAUGCACCUGCAGCUGCAAGCAAGCAUCAAGGAACAGACCAGCCGACUAAAAUGGGAUGUGAAGCAAAUUGCAGUGCUGGCUAGUUUGAUGACAUUUCUCCUUGGUCCUCAAAACAUGUUUGCCUGGCGACAGGAAAUUAAAGGUAUAGCAGGCAGCAUAUAGCGUGACAAGAGCAAAGUAAUGGAGGUCAUCAGUCUCUUCCAAACGAAAGGUCGAAGUCGUCUGAUCAAACCUUUACCAGUGAAUCGAUCAGUCCAGUCUUUUUUCUUUUGUCAGUGUGACCAACCCCUUUUGUUGAGCUGUAAAAUUAAUUGAAACUAGACUAGAAUUGUUCCUUCCUUUAACAAGGAGCUCUGCUGCUCUGGAUGUUAGGCUUCUAGCUGUCCUGUUGCUGUGGUAAAUAGUGAUUGGUUCACCCAGCGGUUAGCAAAUAAUCUGGUUGCUGGUUUCAGGGUAUUCUCCGGCCAACAUUAGACAAGAUUCAGUGAUGUGUUAUGAUUCAUACAGAUCAUUAGACAUUAUCCAGAAAA